AUGAAUCUUAACGUCCCUGGACUGAUUAUGAUAGCUGUCUUCUACUUGAUGGUGCUUACUCUUGGCUUAUGGGCUUCAGUAAAGACCACGCGUCUUCAGACGGACAGCCAGACAGACCAGACUGAGGCAACUCUGCUGGGAAACAGGGGUAUCAACCUGAUGGUGGGAGUUUUUACUAUGGCAGCUUCAUUCGUGGGAGGGGGCUACAUCCUGGCUCUGAGUGAGGUGGUGUACACUCCAACCAUGGGCCUGGCCUGGGCGGUCAUGCCCAUAACCGGAGCCUUCUCUCUCAUUGUUGGAGGACUUUGCUUCGUAAAGACGUUGAGAGACGGACAAUACAUGACAAUGAUGGACCCGUUUCAGAUCAAGUAUGGGAACAUCAUAAGUGGACUUCUGUCUGUUGCACUACUAAUUGCUGAUAUAACCUGGGUAACAGGGAGUCUUAUUGGCUUAGGCGCAACAAUGAGCGUUAUCCUGAAUUUGUCCUAUAACAUUUGCAUUUGGAUCUCUGGGGUCAUAGCCAUCAUAUACACACUGCUGGGAGGCUUCUACUCUGUGGCCUACACAGACAUCAUACAGCUCAUUCUCACAUUCUUUAGUAUGUGGCUCUGUGUCCCCUUCAUUUUAAUGAGCCCCCACUCAGUUAACAUCACUACAACUGCCUUCAACUUCACCUACCAGGGCCCGUGGGUUGGUUCAGUGGAUGGUGACAGAAUUUGGACGUGGAUUGAUACUUUCCUAUUACUGGCUUUUGGGAACCUGGGUUGCCAGAUCUUCCAUCAGAGGAUCCUGUCAGCCACCUCUACAGAAACAAGCAGAAUCACUUGCUUUCUUGCAGCACCCCUCAUGUUGGUAACUGGAAUCCCAUCUGUGUUGAUCGGAGCAGUCGCAGCAUCAACAGACUGGAACAUGACUGCAUAUGGUUCUCCAUCCCCAUUUGAGCGAGGAGAUGCUGGUCAGAUUUUGCCCAUUGCUCUUCAGUACCUCACUCCGGACUACGUCUCCAUCAUUGGAAUUGCAGCCAUAGCUGCAGCUGUGAUGUCAUCAACUGACUCUGCUCUCUUGUCUGCUGCCUCCAUCUUCACGUGGAACAUAUAUAAGAGCGUCCUGCGGCCCACGGCAUCACACAAGGAGCUCCAGUGGGUGAUCCGUGUCACCGUGGUGUUGGUUGGCGUGGCCGGCACAUCACUCACCUUCUUACACAACAGCAUCAUGGUUUUCUGGGUCCUGAGCUCAGAUAUAACUUACACCAUCAUGUUCCCACAACUAGUCUGCAUCCUCUUUUUUAAUAUCUCCAACAGCUAUGGGUCCAUCAUGGGCUUUCUAUGUGGUGUGCUAUUGAGAGUGUUAAGUGGAGAGCCAUCUGUUGGGUUGCCUAUUGUCCUCCGCUUUCCAGGUUGCUCUCUUGAGGACGGUGUUUACGUCCAGCACUCACCAGUGAGGACCAUCUGCAUGUUAUCCAGCAUUUUCGCCACUUUGUUGUUUUCCUUCUUGGCUUCACUGCUCUUUAACAAAGACCUGAUUCCUGCAAGGUGGGACAUAUUCAAAGUGAGAAUCAACAAUUCUCAACAGGUUUUUACAUUGGUGACCCAUAGCAGCACCAUGAUGAGUGCGGAGAACAGAGCUUCAGAGGAAGACUGA